AGGUCGGAACAUGGCGGCACCAUCGGCUGGGACUGCACACGGCUCCUGGCUCUGGCGCGGCCCCGGCCUCCGGCGUAGCUGUCGCCCUUACCUGCUUCCCUGGAACCUCGUUUCUCUUCUCUUUUAGUCCCCGUCCCCUCGGCCAUUCUUUUUGCCCCCACUGCACCCCCCCAUACUCCACUCGGGGUCGAAGUGUAACAUGUGGGUUAUGUGGGAGCUGGUCAGGCCUGCCCACUGCCCAGAGACCAACUCCUAAAUUUGUGAGUGUUGAUUCUGGAGAAUUCCUGCCUCUGCUGUAGCCCGAAUUACCAGGCAGCAGAAUUGUGAGCUAGAGUGAAGGAGAAGUCUAAAGAAUAUGAGCUCCGUUAUGGCCAUGAGUGAACCAAGGCUGAACUGGGAUAUCUCCUCAAAAAAUGGUCUUAAGACAUUUUUCUCUCGAGAAAAUUAUAAAGAUCAUUCCAUGGCUCCAAGUUUAAAAGAACUGUGCAUUUUAUCCAGCAGGCGUAUGGGAGAAAAUUUGAAUGCAUCAGCAAGUUCUGUAGAAAAUGAGCCAGCAGUUAGUGCAGCAACUCAAGCAAAGGAAAAAGUUAAAACCGCAGUUGGAAUGGUUCUUCUUCCCAAACCAAGAGUUCCUUAUCCUCGUUUCUCUCGUUUCUCACAGAGAGAGCAGAGGACUUAUGUGGACCUCUUGGUUAAAUACUCAAAAAUUCCUGCUAAUUCCAAAGCUGUUGGAAUAAAUAAAAAUGACUACCUGCAGUAUUUGGAUAUGAAAAAACACGUGAAUGAAGAAGUCACUGAAUUCUUAAAGUUUUUACAGAAUUCUGCAAAGAAAUGUGCACAGGAUUAUAAUAUGCUUUCUGAUGAUGCACGUCUCUUCACAGAGCAAAGUUUAAGAGCUUGCAUUGACCAAGUAAAAAAGUAUCCAGAAUUCUAUACUCUCCAUGAAGUCACCAGCUUAAUGGGAUUCUUCCCAUUCAGAAUAGAGAUGGGAUUAAAACUAGAAAAAACUCUUCUCGCAUUGGGUAGCGUGAAAUAUGUGAAAACAGUAUUUCCGUCAAUGCCUGCAAAGUUACAGCUCUCAAAAGAUAACACAUCUGCCAUUGAGACACCAGAACAAACAGCUGCAGCUAUGCAUUAUGAUAUUAGUAAAGAUCCAAAUGCAGAGAAGCUUGUUUCCAGAUAUCACCCUCAGAUAGCUCUAACUAGUCAAUCAUUAUUUGCCUUAUUAAAUAAUCAUGGACCAGACUACAAGGAACAGUGGGAAAUUCCAGUGACUGUUCAAGUAAUACCUGUUGCAGGUUCAAAACCAGUUAAAGUAAUUUAUAUUAAUUCACCACUUCCCCAAAAGAAACUGACAAUGAGAGAGAGAAAUCAAAUCUUCCAUGAAGUUCCAUUAAAAUUCAUGAUGUCCAAAAAUACAUCUGUUCCAGUCUCCGCAGUAUUUAUGGACAAACCAGAAGACUAUCUACCUGAAAUGGAUAUGUCUAAUGAAGUUAAUGAGUGCCGAAAAAUUGAGAGCCUUGAAAAUUUGGAUCUGGAUUUUGAUGAUGACGUCACAGAACUUGAAACUUUUGGAGUAACCACCACCAAACCAUCAAAGUCACCAAGUCCAGCAAGCACUUCCACGGUACCCAACACGAAAAAUGCUACUACAGCCCCCAGUGCAGCGGCUGCUCCCGUGGCACCAGCUGCACCAGCUGCACCAGCUGCACCAGCAGACAUUUCUGCUCACUCUAGAAGUUUAUCUCAGAUUCUAAUGGAACAGUUGCAAAAGGAGAAACAGCUGGUGACUGGUGUGGACGGUGGCCCUGAAGAGUGUAAAAAUAAAGAUGAUCGAGGAUUUGUACCAUGUGGUGAGAAGGCAUCAGGAAAUUCUGACAAACCUCUGAUGCAAGAUGGUGACUCGAAAACAUCUGACGCCGUACAGUUAGGAAGCUCUGCAGAAAAUGAAACCUCUGAUAAAAAUAGCAUGGCUACUGAUACUAUGUAUGCUGGUGAAAGACUAGAGAACACAGACAAUUCAAAGGAAAAAACUGUUACAUCAGAAGCAACAGAAAUUGAAGAUGCAGAGCUUUGCAGUAGUGAUACAGAUGAAGACUGUUUAAUCAUUGAUACAGAGUGUCAAAAGAGUAGUAAUGGAAAAGCAGGUAAAGUGGGUUCUAAUUUAAGUUCUAAGCCGGCCAGCCCAAAUUCUUCCUCAGGAAACCAGACUAAUGCUACCUGCAGUUCUGAAGAGUCCUGUGUUCUAAAAAAACCUAUCAAACGAGUAUACAAAAAAUUUGAUCCAGUUGGGGAGAUUUUAAAAAUGCAGGAUGAACUCUUAAAGCCAAUUGCCAGAAAAAUACCUGAAUUGCCCUUAAUGAAUACAGAAAAUUCUAAACAACCUCCUGUUUCCGAACAACCAUCUGCUCCUUCAGAUACCUCUAGUUGGCCAAAAACUGUGUGGCCUUCUGCAUUUCAGAAGCCAAAAGGACGAUUGCCAUAUGAACUUCAGGACUAUGUUGAAGAUACAUCAGAAUAUGUAGCUCCUCAGGAAGGAAAUUUGGUUUACAAAUUAUUUAGCCUGCAAGACCUCCUGCUGCUUGUACGAUGCAGCGUCCAGAGGAUAGAGACCAGACCACGUUCUAAAAAACGGAAGAAAAUCAGAAGACAAUUUCCAGUUUAUGUUCUACCAAAAGUGGAGUAUCAAGCUUGCUAUGGAGCCGAAGCUCUGACUGAAGGCGAAAUCUGUCGCUUGUGGACUGAAAGCUUACUGCAUUCCAACUGCGCGUUUUACGUUGGUCAUAUUGAUGCAUUUACUUCAAAGCUUUUCCUGCUAGAAGAAAUUACCUCAGAAGAAUUAAAAGAAAAAGUUUCGGCACUCAAGAUUUCAAGUUUAUUUAAUAUCCUCCAACACAUUCUAAAGAAAUUAAGUAGCUUGCAGGAGGGUUCCUACUUGUUGUCUCAUGCAGCAGAAGACUCUUCACUCCUGAUCUACAAGACCUCGGAUGGAAAAGUCACGAGGACAACAUACAAUUUACAUAAAACGCAUUGCAGCCUCCCUGGUGUCCCUUCCAGUCUCUCAGUGCCCUGGGUUCCGUUAGACCCCAGUCUGUUGUUACCAUACCACAUCCAUCACGGAAGGAUACCUUGUACUUUCCCACCUAAGUCCCUGGGUCCCGCAGCACAACAGAAGAUUAGUGCAACAAGAAUGCCUACACACAGCCGCAGGAAUCCAGUUUCCAUGGAAACCCAAAGCCUGCCUGCUCAGCAAGUUGAAAAUGAAGGAGUGGCUCCAAAUAAAAGGAAAAUAACUGAAGGACUCUGCCCUGGGAAGUGAGGGAGAGACGGUUAUAACAAUGUUCAGUUUGGAAAAGUUUGGGGGGAAAUAUGCCUAAAAGAUCAGUAAACAGGAUGAAAUUUUUUUAGUGUCCUUGAGAGUUCUUAGAGUGCCUUGAAAAAAAGUAUUGUCUGUGUGAAGGAACGUUUCAGCUAAAAUGGGAUAUUAACCGUACUCUUAACUUCUGAUGUUCGAGGAAAAUCUAGGUAUGUUUUAACAUGAUCAUGGCAGGGAAAUAUGCAGAAAAUAAAAUUAUUUUUAUAGUAGAACAUUUCCAAAAAUUGUAAAUAGGAAAAUAAUUUGCUUUUUUCCAAGAGCAAUAUUUAUUGUUGUGUGUUAUAUUAAUAACUUGAGUUAUAUUACCAAUCUGUUGGGAAUGGUUCAAAACACUAAAUCUGGCCACUGUCGAAGAUCACUUUGAGCAACAUGUACACCUUGUUUCUGAUUCGUUGUGACAGGGUUUUGUUGUCCUUGGGGCUUUUUGUUUAUUUUUUGUUUUUAAUCCUCACCUGAGGGUACGUUACGGAUUUGAGAGAGAGAGGCAGGGAUAGAGAGAAACAUGGAUGGGAAGCAUCAAUCCGUUGCGUCCUGUACAGUCCCAGCCAGGGAGUGAACCCCAGCCUUUUGGGGCACAACGUGAUGCUCCAGCCAAGCGAGCCGCCUGUCCAGAGCUGACAGUUUUGGUUGUUACUGCUCUAUUACAGUUGUCCCAGUUUUCCCUGGUUGUGAUUGUUGCAGGUUAGUAAAGUUAAUACCUUUAAAAACUUGGUGAUAUUCCCCUGCAGAAACUAAAAUUUAAAAUAAAAAGCUUCCUGCCUCUGAAAAGUUAACAAGCUACCAAUUUUUUAAAGAUCUUAUUUUUUAUUUUUAGAGAGAGGGGAAGGGAGGGAGAAAGAAGAAAGAGAAACAUCAAUGUGCGAGAGAAACAUCAAUGAAUUGGUUGCCCCUCACACACCCCCAACUGGGGACCUGGCCAACAACCCAGGCAUGUGCCCUGAUUGGGAGUAAAACCAGCAACCCUUGGGUUCACAGGCUGGCACUCGGUCCACUGAGCCACACCAGCCAGGGCCAGGUUAACAGUGUUUUUGUUGGGCAAUCAUCUGUUAAAACAACUUUUAUGUGUUCCAGAGUUGGUGACGAGUGCCUCUGUCUUUUGGCACAGAUUCCACUUGACUACUGAAAUAUACUCCUGAAAGCAAAGAGAUGAUCAUGUUUUCCAAAACACUCUUCUUAUUUCAAUUGAUAAGGCUAAUGUGUGGUAAAACAUAAGCUAUUUUUUCCUCAUCUAUACUGAUGAAUUUAAAUUUUUUAGGACCACAUCGAUGAAUUUGGGAAAAGUCAUGAUCAGCUGAUGUUAAUGUAGCUAACUUGGACUUAAGGAAGGAAUGUACUUAUUUAAUUUUCUGUGUUCAUGUUGUUUAAUGUCUACUAAAGUUAUUGGAAAUAUGUGGGUUCAUUUGUAAAUCCAUGACAAUAUUAGCUUUGUUUUUGCAAUUGUUAUGUGUUUUAUAUUAAUAUAAGAAAUUUACAUUAAUGUAAGAAAUCCAGAAUUUUCUAGAGUUCUAGAAAUCUCCAACUGUUAAAGGUGAUAGAUGGGCAUUUUUCUUAAACUACCAACUUUUGUUUAGUUUAGAUUUCUUCUUAGUCAUUUAUAAAACACACUUAAUAAAUAACUAUUAGUAAAGUUGUUUUAUGCAUUUUAAUAUAUAAUUUCCUCACAUUCCCAUCUCCUUUUUUAAACACUGAGCCUGCUUUAAUGGACUGCUUCUGUUGGCUUUGUCCCGUACUCCCGUAUCUCAGAAAUCCUUCCCUUGUGAGUCAUUUGGCAGUGAACCUAGGGAGAGUCAGGGAUUCCCUUGGAAUUUGCUCUUUUUAAAAACCUAGAUAAUGAUUUCUUCAGACUUCUAAAUACCAGGAAGUCUUGGCUUUUGCUUUUUUAAUACUAUUUUUUACUUAGUAAAGUACGUGAUCUUACAAGUGAUUAUUUUGAAAUUAUUUUAGCCAUACAUUUGAGUAAUGAACAAUAUAUAAAGCUAGUCUUAGUUUUCCACUUGUGUUUAAUUAAGCCUUUCAU